UUUUUUUUCUUUAUUUUAUUUUACUUUUCCGUUCCUUUUUUAUAUAAUUUUAUUCAAACCUUUUAUUUUGGACAUUCUUCAAUACUAUGUAUAUGACUAUGAUCCAAACUGUAGUGACAACGAUAAGCACUGCAUUUUAUUCCAUUCACAAUGAUCCUUGGGCUGAUGAAAUUCUUGCUUUAUGGGUACCUCUUGCAGCAUACUGGAUCUAUAGUAUGAUGUAUCACUUUUUGAUGUUGGCUGAAAUACCUUAUUUUGAACAAUAUCGUAUUCAUUCUUCUGAAGAUAUCUCUAAGCGCAACCGAGUUACUAUCAAACGAGUAUUGAUUAUGGUCACUUUACAACAACUUAUUCAAGUCAUCUUAGGUGCUCUCAUAUUACAUCCUAUCCAUCCUCAAGUCAUGAUAGCUCAACAAGAACAAACUUUGGCUCGACUAGUAUCUUAUUCAUUAAAAUUUUUGAAUAUCUUUUGUUAUCCAUGGAUAGUCUCGAAAGAACAGGCUAUUCAGCUUGCUUUCUUUAUCGCCAAUAGUCUUUAUUGGAUGGUAAUUCCUAGUAUUCAAUUUUUUGCCGCUAUGGUGAUUCUGGAUACUCAUCAAUACUUCCUUCAUCGUUUGUUCCACUUGAACAAAUUCCUUUACAAACAUUUUCAUUCUCACCAUCAUCGAUUAUAUGUCCCUUAUGCAUUUGGUGCUUUAUACAAUCAUCCAGUUGAAGGAUUUCUUUUGGAUAGUGUCGGUGCUGCUUUGGCCUGCGAAUUGACUCGAAUGACUCCUCGUAUGAGUAUGAUCUUUUUUACAUUCUCAACUUUGAAAACUGUUGAUGAUCAUUGUGGUUAUUACUUUCCAUGGAAUCCAUUACAAUUCUUAUUUGGGAAUAAUGUGAAAUAUCACGACAUUCAUCAUCAAGCAUAUGGCAUUAAAACCAACUUUUCUCAACCUUUCUUCACCUUUUGGGACAAGCUUUUGGGAACUGAAAUGACAAAUAAUCCUCGUGAUACCAAGAAACAAUCUGAUAAGGCCAACUGAAAUGAUUAUGUUUUACUUUUUUUUACACUCCCUCCCCGACUUUAGUAUUAUACUUUUUAUUUAUAUAUAUAUAUUUUUUACAUGUCAACCUCUUCUUCAUAUCGCUUUACUAGUUUAUUAUUUUCAUUUCUCU